GCGGUGGGAGCAUGCGGGGCGGUCGGCGGCCCGGGGCGCGCGGCGCGUUCGUUCCCCCGCGGCGGUGGUGGCGGCGUGAGGCGGUUCUCGCGUGAGCGGCGGCGGCGGGGCGCCGGGGCCGGCGGGCGCCAUGUGGAGCGGCCGCAGCUCCUUCACCAGCCUGGUGGUGGGCGUGUUCGUGGUGUACGUGGUGCACACCUGCUGGGUCAUGUACGGCAUCGUCUACACGCGCCCGUGCGCCGCGGACGGCAACUGCAUCCUGCCCUACCUGGCGCGGAGGCCCAAGCUGCAGCUGAGCGUGUACACGACCACCCGGUCCAACCUCGGGGCAGAGAACAACGUGGAUCUGGUCUUGAACGUGGAGGACUUCGACGUGGAGUCCAAAUUUGAAAGGACAGUUAAUGUUUCUGUACCAAAGAAAACCAGGAACAAUGGCACUCUGUACGCCUACAUCUUCCUCCACCACGCUGGCGUUCUGCCGUGGCACGAUGGAAAGCAGGUGCACCUGGUGAGCCCUCUGACCACCUACAUGGUCCCCAAGCCAGAAGAGGUCAAUUUGCUCACAGGGGAAUCAGCGACACAGCAGAUCGAAGCAGAGAAGAAGCCGACAAGUGCCCUAGACGAGCCCGUUUCUCAUUGGAGACCAAGACUAACACUGAACGUGAUGGUGGACGACUUCAUCUUUGAUGGGUCCUCCCUGCCCGCUGACGUGCAUCGGUACAUGAAGAUGAUCCAGCUGGGGAAGACUGUGCACUACCUCCCCAUCCUGUUCAUCGACCAGCUUAGCAACCGAGUGAAGGACCUCAUGGUCAUAAACCGCUCCACUACCGAGCUGCCGCUCACUGUGUCCUACGACAAGAUCUCGCUGGGGCGGCUGCGCUUCUGGAUCCACAUGCAGGACGCCGUGUUCUCCCUGCAGCAGUUCGGAUUUUCAGAGAAAGAUGCCGAUGAAGUGAAAGGCAUUUUUGUUGACACCAACUUGUAUUUCUUAGCGUUGACCUUCUUUGUCGCAGCAUUUCACCUCCUUUUUGAUUUCCUGGCAUUUAAAAAUGAUAUCAGUUUCUGGAAGAAAAAGAAGACCAUGAUUGGAAUGUCCACUAAAGCAGUGCUCUGGCGCUGCUUCAGCACAGUGGUCAUCUUCCUGUUUCUGCUGGACGAGCAGACGAGCCUGCUGGUGCUGGUCCCGGCGGGCAUCGGAGCUGCCAUCGAGCUGUGGAAAGUGAAAAAGGCAUUGAAGAUGACCGUUGUUUGGAGAGGCCUGAGGCCCCAGUUUCAGUUUGGCACCUACAGCGAAUCCGAGAGGAAGACCGAGGAGUAUGACACGCAGGCCAUGAGGUACCUGUCGUACCUGCUCUACCCCUUGUGUGUCGGGGGCGCCGUCUACUCGCUGCUGAACGUCAAGUACAAGAGUUGGUACUCCUGGCUGAUCAACAGCUUCGUGAACGGGGUGUACGCGUUCGGCUUCCUCUUCAUGCUGCCCCAGCUCUUUGUGAACUACAAGAUGAAGUCGGUGGCGCACCUGCCCUGGAAGGCCUUCACCUACAAGGCCUUCAACACCUUCAUAGACGACGUCUUCGCCUUCAUCAUCACCAUGCCCACCUCCCACCGGCUGGCGUGUUUCAGGGACGAUGUCGUUUUCCUUGUUUACCUCUACCAGCGGUGGCUUUAUCCUGUGGAUAAGAGCAGAGUGAACGAGUUUGGGGAGUCCUACGAGGAGAAGCCGCCGCGGAAACCCCGCGCAGACUGAGCCCCUGCUGGGGCCGCUCGCGGCUGCCGCCACGCAGCAAAGCCUGGACUGUUGGCUACUGAGUAUUCUUGGACGCUUUUGGUGGAAUUUCCCGGACAUUUCAUCUUCUGCAUUGCCAAAAUCUGAACAUUUCUCAUGCAUCUCCUGAGUCCCCUUACGUUGUGUUGAGAGGAGCUGGCAGCACUCACGGUGCACCCCCAACGUGCAGCCAUCUCCCUCGGUCACCGGGCUGCUGGGAGCCUGCGGCCCCCUUGGUGGCUCCUGGUGCAGGAGCGUCCAGUGUCGGCAGGGGCUGUGCCGUCACCCAGUGUCCCCGACUCGCAGACACCGAGGCAGGGAGGUGCAGAUCUCCAUUUCAAGGUGUCUGUAAGCGCUCCUCACGUGAUUAACAUGCCUCUUUAAACCAGUUCCAUAGACUCUGGGAUCAAAUGGCUUUUUUCCUUUUUGUUUAAAUUUGACUAUUUUAAAGCUUAAUGUAUGUAUGUUUCUAUUUUAAAAUAAAUUUCUCUGGCUGGAA